AUGGCAUCGAUAAAGUUGGCGGGAACCGCCCUUCGGGAGCUGAGGAUCCAUUUGUGUCAAAAAUCAGCUGCAUCACAGGGUGUUCGCAAUUUCAUCGAGAAGGAGUACGUCUCGUUAAAGAAGGCAAAUCCCGAGUUUCCGAUUCUAAUCAGAGAGGCCUCAGGAAUCGUUCCCCGCGUUUUUGCCAGGUACGAGCACGGUGUUGAGCGAGCCGUUUCCCUCGAGGACGCGUCAGCCGAGAAAGUGAGCGCGACUCUUCGCGAUUUGGCCGCCAAAGCCAAC